UAUAAAAUUAACUAUAAAAUUAUAAAAUUGAAUUUGUAAAUCUUUCGUUCACUAAAUGUUAUUCCACUUACCUAAUUAAUAGAAGGCUCCAUAUAUAUAAAGUCUACGUAGAAUAAGAGUACUGCUUUUCAAAAUACGAGGUGUAUUUGAAUAAUCAUUCGUAUUAGUAAAUCUCUUGAUUUCUUAAAACAAGAAAAAAUUCAAUCCCUUCAAAGAAAAUAUAUUUUAUGGUUAAACAAUAAGUGAAAGAGCUUGUUAGUUCUUUCUUUAUUUUUACUGUAUGGCUAGAGUGCCUAUUUCUUUAUAUGAUCUGUUAGAACGAGUACCGCGUUCUCCAUUAUAUUCUGAUUUAAGUAUGGUUAGUUUUUUCUUUUUUAAAAAAAAAAAUAUAAUUAAGUAAUGGUUGGUUCUUACCCGGUUUUUGUGAUUGAAAAAAAAAAUUAAUUAAAUAUUACUAGAGCAAUAGAAUAUUAAAUUUAAAAUUUAGUAAAUAAAAAAUAAAAUAAAAUGAUGCACGUGUGCAUCUUGUCCCGCUUUUUUGUUUAUUCAUUUUCUGUUUUUUACUGAUUGAGUGGAGCGAGGUACCCGCUUUUCCGCAUGAAUGUAACGGCAUUUCAGUCCCAACCACUCUUUCUCUCCUCUCUUCAACACAACAUAAUUCUGUUCCGGCGAGACUCUCUAUUUGGAUUGAUUUUAUUGAUCAUUCUGUUCUUGAUCUCGCAAGGAAAACAAAUUGGCAAUGUCAGUCUCCGAUUCUGAUUCAUCUUCCCAUGGCACAGAUUACAAAUUCUUUCUUCAAACCAGCCGCGACCGUUUAUUGCUUGAAAUGAUGGGAUCAACAAGAACCGGCGAUUCGAGGUCGACCUGGAAGGUACUCAUCAUGGAUAAGGUCACAGUAAAAGUCCUGUCUCAUUGUUGUAAAAUGUCGGAUAUCACAGACCAAGGAAUUUCAUUGGUGGAAGAGCUUUUCAAAAGGAGGGAACCUUUACCUUCUAUGGAUGUUAUAUAUUUCAUCCAGCCAUCAAAAGAAAAUGUUGUCAUGUUCUUGUCUGACAUGUCUGGAAGGGAGCCUUUAUACAAAACAGCAUAUGUUUUUUUCAGUUCAUCUGUCCCAAAGGAAUUGGUUAAUCAUAUCAAGUGUGAUUCAAGUGUGUUACCUCGCAUAGGUGCUUUGAGAGAGGUCAAGAUUUUCUAUUUUUUAUUCAUUUUGUUUGUAAUUUUCUUCUUCUUAUUUGCUAAUGUGCAGAUGAAUUUAGAAUACUUUCCGAUUGAUAGCCAGGCUUUUACAACUGACCACGAUGGAGCACUGCAAGAACUAUAUGGUGAAAAUGCUGAGAACUCUCGUAAAUUUGAUGCUUGCUUGAAUGUGAUGGCUAGUCGAAUUGCAACAGUUUUUGCUUCGUUGAAGGAAUUUCCCCGUGUGCGAUAUCGUGCCAAGACACCAGAUGCAUCUGAAGGAACGUUUCGGGAUACAAUACCGACAAAGCUCGCUACCGCUGUGUGGAACCUUGUUUCUAAAUAUAAAUCUAUUCCUAACUUUCCACAAACUGAGACUUGUGAACUGCUCAUCCUGGAUAGAUCUGUUGAUCAGAUUGCUCCUGUCAUACAUGAAUGGACGUAUGAUGCCAUGUGCCAUGAUUUACUGGAUAUGGAGGGAAAUAAAUAUGUUGUUGAGGUUCCCAGCAAAAUGGGUGGUGAACCUGAGAAAAAGGAGGUUCUUCUAGAAGAUAAUGAUCCAGUCUGGCUUGAACUUCGCCAUGCACACAUAGCAGAUGCUAGUGAACGUUUGCAUGACAAGAUGACCACCUUGUCAAAGAACAAAGCUGCACAAGUGCACUCUGCAAGAGAUGGAGGUGAAAUAUCAACCCGAGAUAUGCAGAAAAUUGUUCAGGCUUUACCAAAAUACAAGGAACAAAUUGAGAAGCUCACUCUUCAUGUUGAGAUAGCUGGAGAGAUUAAUGAAAUCAUCAGAGACAUGGGGCUUCGAGAACUUGGGCAAUUAGAGCAGGAUCUCGUUUUUGGAGAUGCAGGAGCUAAGGAAGUUAUCAACUUCAUAAGGAUGAAUCAGGAUGCAUCUCCUGACAUUAUGCUUCGUCUGUUGCUGAUUUAUGCAUGUGUAUAUCCUGAGAAAUUUGAGGGUGACAAAGGCACGAAACUAAUGCAGUUGGCGAAACUAUCUGAAAAAGAUCUGGAGGUCGUGAAAAAUAUGCAACUGCUUGCAGGAUCAUCAAUCAACAAAAAGACAACAAGCAGCAGUUUCUCGCUCAAGUUUGAUAACCAGAAGAUAAAACAUGCAGCCAGAAAGGAUAGAACUGGCGAGGAAGAAACAUGGCAACUAUUUCGAUUUUAUCCUGUGUUAGAGGAGCUCAUUGAAAAACUUAGCAAAGGUGAAUUGGCAAAGAAUGAGUACUCAUGUAUGAAUGAACCAAGUUCAGCUGUUCAAGAGACAACAACAAAAGCAUCUGCACGAUCAAGUAAUGCUCCAGUUGUUCCAGAGAAAAAAACAACUCCUCAUUCAAUGAGAUCAAGACGAACGGCAAACUGGGGAAAGUCCCAUCGUUCUGAUGAUGGACAUUCCGGUGAUGCGGUCUUGAAGAAUGCAGCACUAGAUUUGAGGAAAAUGGGACAACGUAUUUUUAUAUUCAUCAUAGGCGGGGCAACUCGAUCUGAGCUUCGAGCUUGCCACAAGCUUACAACCAAACUCAGAAGAGAAGUUGUUCUAGGUUGUACUAGUUUGGAUGAUCCGUCACAAUAUCUAAAGAAAUUGAAGAUGCUGUCCGAAAUACAAGCUCCACAGCAGGAUGGCUUCAGAUUCUAAGUUCUGCAUUAUUAGAACAUGGAAAGAGUACUUUUACCUAGUUACUAAAGGUUUUUGCGUAACAGUGAGCAUGAGGAUUCUUUUUCUUGCGACUCCCAAACUCGCUCAAUAGGAUGAUUGAACUCUCAUGCAUUAUAUAGAUAAGGAGGAGGAAGAUUAAAGAAGGUUGGUUUUGUUUGUCGAGAAUCACAGCCUGGCAGCAACCCCAGCAGGGAACCAGUUACAAUUUCCAUCCAGCAGUCAUGGGCUUGUCCUCAAUCUUCAGCCUGCCUAGAAUUCACGGAGGAUAUAGAAGAAGUAAUUUGUAUUCCAAAGUUCAUUUCAAUGGGCUUUAGGAUGCCCAUGGGAGUUUAAUCAGCCCAUCUUGUAGUACAAAUUGUAUCUAUUUUAAUAAUACGCGGUUUUCCGUUCAAGCCCAUAAGUACUGUUUCUCGACACAUUGGAUUAGCCAUAGGCCUCAUGCUAAAAUCCUCGAAUGCGUUACAUUGCAUCCUUGGAUAAUUCCUACUUUGUCUGUCAAAAUAACUACAAAUUUUAUUCAAUAUAUUAAUAUAUACCGUUAACGAUUACUCUUUGUCGUGGUUU